AUGAGUGGAAGUUCAACAGGGAGCCAGUUUUAUCGAGCUCCACCAUAUGCGACUGGUACAAUUACUGCCGAACAGCAGGUAGCGGUAGGAAAAAUUGGCGGCCCUAGCAAAAAAGUUCAAAUCGAUGAAAGUAAAUUCGGUAAACGAAAAUACAACAAAGGAAGGAGAGUUCAAGGCCACUGGGUAUUGGGAAUGGUAGAGGACGGCAGCGACGAUUUAAGGUUAGAAGUAUGUCCGGACAACGUACGGUCUUCCGAGGUGCUCAUACCUCUAAUUCAAAAGCAUGUCGCAGAAGGUACAAUAAUAUGUACCGACUGCUGGAAGGCAUACGACUGCUUGACAAGCACGGGUAUGAGCACCGCCGUGUAAAUCACAGCGAUCCUGACAAUCCAUUUGUUGCCGAUGAUGGAACCCAUACGCAGCGCAUUGAGUCCCAGUGGCGGGUCAUCAAACGUUUUUUUAUAAAGGAUAAUUAUAACAAUCCUGAAGAUUUUGCAAAUUUGAUAAUAGAAUAUAUGUGGAGGAAAACCAUAGCAAAUAAACACGAAGAUCCGUUUGUUAAACUUAUUGAUGCAAUAAAAUAUACUUAUAGUACAUAGAGUGAAUAUCAUAAACUUUCUUUAUAUUAUCUAUCGUGAAAGAGUAAAAUAAGUGCAUAAUAA